AUGAAGUAUGUGUGGAAGGUAUUGAAGUAUUCGAUGAGGAAGGUGGAUGAAGAGUGUGCAAUGUCGAUGUGUGCAGCAAACAUUGAGCUGUUUGGAGAGGUAGUUCAGCACUCACAGUUUAGUUCACAAGGUGUUCAGAGACAGAAGUGGUUGCACAUAUAUGAACAGAGCAAUAUGAUGCUUGAAGUUACAUUAUCUGAGUCAUGCAUUGAAGUGCAGCUGCAUGUGAUAUCUGCAGCUCGGCAUGAAGUUGUGCUACUGGAGCGAACAAGUUUUGAGAUGGAAUGCGAAAUUGAUGUAUGCAUAAAAAGAAAAGCGAUUUCAUGCAGAUAUGUAGAUAGAAGAUUCAAGAUUAUGCUUGUUGAUGAGAAAGAGACACAUUCUUUUGAUCAACAACUGGAGACAACAUCAUACAGACAUAGUAAAAAAUAUCGAUACAAGACCAUCUUUGAUGAGUUUGUUAAGAUGACCACAUAUUCAUUAGAAACUGGCAAUCAAUUCACAUGUGAUUAUGCUGUUGGAUGUGUAAAAUCAGCAUCCAGCGCAUCUAUGCAUCAUGAGACGAAUAGAAGCAAAUUAGUGAAGCAACUUUUAAUUUUAGUUUGCAAGGAAAUCGGUUCAAUCCAAAAAGACCAUAUUUUCCCGGUGGAACCUAACUGA